AUGGCGCCCGUCGCAACGCACACGCGGUCCGUUCGGUCCGCCGACCUCAAAAGCACACUCAUCGAGCGCGACCUUCCCGGCAACGCUCGUACCGUCUUGGAGCUUGAUCACACCAAGGGCGGGCAGCAACCCGGUGUACACAAUCGCUGGCAUCCUGAGAUACCUGUCAUCGAGACUAUCCGGCCUGGAGAAGUUGUGCGCGUCUGGACCCUUGACUGGAGCGGCGGUCAAGUCACCAACGACGACUGCGCGGACGACGUACUUGCCAUCGACCAUGACUCAGAUCACCAACUCAGUGGUCCCUUCAACGUCGAAGGUGCUCAACCCGGCGACGUUCUGGCCGUUGAUAUUGUUCAUCUAGAACCCUCGGAGGUAACCCCAUGGGGGUACUCCAUUGUUGGCCCCGGCAUUGGCAGCUUAGAUCGCCCAGGCGUUCGCUACGCAAAGGCCAUCUGGGACUUCAGAGAUGGCGAAACGUCUUCACGGCAUAUUCCCGGCGUACACUUCGGAGGCCGUAUGUUCCCAGGGAUUGUCGGUGUUGCUCCUAGUCAGGACCUUCUUACUCAGUGGACUGCUCGCGAAGCAGAGCUACAGUCUGCGUACAGCUGUCACGGGUUUGAGGCGAGCCCGCUCCCCACAAACAACGCCGCUUGGGUCGGCGCUGUUGGCCAAAAGAUACCCGGACUUGUAAGACAACGUAUCUACAACGAGGGUGCCCGAACGGGACCGGCACGGGAGAAUGGAGGUAACAUGGACUUUGCAAGUCUUGUAGCUGGCUCCCGCCUUUACCUCCCUGUCUUCGUCGAAGGUGCGAAGCUGUCCCUUGGAGACGUACACUUCUGCGAAGGUGAUGGCGAACCGACCACGGCUAUUGAGAUGUCGGCCGUUGUCACUAUCCGCUGCUCAGUCAUCAAGAACGGCAUGGCCAACUUGGGUAUUCGUCAGCCUGUAUACGAGACAAGCGCCUCUGAGCCGCGUUUCCCGCGACAGCUGGUCUUCACGGGUAACUCAGUCAACCAGGCUGUGGGCGGGCGGCAACAUAUGCAGAACGGCAUACUCUCGUACCGCAAUGCGGCGUGGGACGCGAUGGAUUACCUGAAGAAGUUCGGCUACACAGAGGAACAAGCCUACAUGCUCCUUGCGUGCGCUCCGAUCGAAAGCCGAGUUCUCACCACCGCCAAUAAGCCCAACAUGGGCGUAUCACUGGGUCUCCCGUUGGAUAUCUUCGACUUCGAUAUCGGCUUUCCUGCUAGCGGCGCGCCUACUCAACGCGUCUUCAGCGGACCGGCUGAGCUGAGCGAAGAGAAGGCGGCCAAAAUAUACCCGGAACAGGCGGAGGAGGUCCUGUGA